GGCAGCAGCGAUGGCGGCGGCGGCGGCGCUGGGCGGGCUCGGCCUCCUGCGCGCCCGGCUCAGGCUCGCAGCCGCCGCGACCUCCGCUGCCCUCGGCCCGACCGGCCACCGCGCGCCCCCGCUGCGCGGAGGCGUUGCCGCCGCCGCUGCUCUCCCCUCGGCCGGGAGGAGCUACGGCUCCCAGGCGAAGGAAGAGGAGGAGCUGCGCGUCCGGUACCUGGAUGAUGAGCACAAAGGAAUUGUGGUGCUUGGAUUAAACAGAUCUCAUGCCAAGAAUGCACUUAGCAAAAAUCUUGUAAAAAUGAUGUCAAAAGCUGUGGAUGCUUUGAAAUCUGAUAAGAAAGUACGAACUGUUGUACUCCGGAGUGAAGUCCCGGGGAUAUUCUGUGCUGAAGACUGACCCAUUCCUGAUGAGGAAGCAGGCACAAAGAAUAUGAUAGGAAAUUGCGUGAGACUGUACUCAACAGUGCAGUCUUCAAAUCAGCACCUAAUCAACUAGGAAAUUUUACGUUAAGAAUCACUUGUCUGUCUUCUCAUUGGUUGGUGCAAUGCCUUACUUGAGAAAAUGAUAGAAUUUGGUUUCCAUUUGUUAAGCUUUCUGAAAGUUAUUCUCCAGAUGGGAAUAGAGCUUUUAAACUAAUAUAUUUAGUUCACAUAGGCCUCUCUGAGAAAAGACCAGGAGCUGUCCUGGUACUUGACAGAGCAAGCUGCAUCCAGUUCCAAAACAGACCCGUGACUGCCCAAUGCUGAGUCUUUAAGAGAUGCUGGUGGCACUUCUGUGAUGACAUAUAUAUUAGAAAUUAGCAGCCAUGAGAGAGGAGUGAGAAGAAAAUGGAAGAGGAACAGCCCUGCAGACUCCCAGAUCAGAAGCAAGGAAGGGGAGGAGGUGUUUAAGUGCCAAAGGAGAGAUUCCCUUGCAGCCCAAAGACAAGACCAUGUCAAAGCAGGUUGUCAUCCUGGAGCUCAUGGAGGACCAAUCUGGAGCAGAUAUCCACACUGCAGGCCAUGAGGAACCCCAGGCUGAAGCAGGUAGACAGACCCUGAUGGAAGCUGCAGCCCGUGAAGAGCCCAGUCAGGAGCAGGGUCCUGACAGAGCUGUGACCUGUGGGAGGGCAGCCUAUACAGGAUCAGAUGCUCUGGCAGUUGUGGCCCAUGGCGGCCCAGUGCUGGAGAAGGACUGUGCCCUGUGAAAAAGACCAUGCUGAAGCAGUUCCUGAAGAACUGUCUCCCGUGAGAAGUCCUGGGAAAGACUGUAUUGUGUGGAGGAGAGUCUGUGCUGGAGCAGGAAAAAAGAGUGAGGAGGAAAGAGUGGCAGGGAUGAAGUGUUAUGGUUGAAUUGCAAGGCCCAUUCCCCUUCCCUUUUGCUCUGCGCAGCAGUGGGGAGGGAUGGGGGAGUUAGUAACAAAGUUAAGCCAGGAAAAAAGGAAGAAAGAAUGGUGGGGAGAAGAUUUUGUUUUUGUUUCACACUGUCUACCUUUUAUUGCCACUAAAUUAAAUUUAUCUUUCCUAUGUCCAGUCUGUUUUGGGCAUGAUGGUAGCAAAUGAGUGAUCUUCCUUGAUCCACGAGCUUUUAAUUGUAUUUUCUUCCCUAUCUUACUGAGGAGGGAAACUGGCAGAGAGCCUAAGUUAACCUACACAUCCAGUUAUUACAGAUUUUUCAAAGUAAGAUUGAGGGAAGACCUUUUUUCUUGAAGAGCUAUGAACUGAGGGUGGAUUAGUUAUAUAGUCUCAGAGGAACUUGUGUAAAAAAUAGUCUAAAAUAAAAGUAGUCAGGAAGAUUUUUCUCCAGUUGAGCGAGUAGUGACCAGAGCUGUGUAAUAAGUAUGCUAUAAAAGUUAAAGUGGAAUAACCUCAACAGGAAAGACUAAAUCUGUAACUACUUGGUUCCUUUUUUUAUCCCUUACUUGAGAGGCAGGAUUUCUUUUGUUAAGGCUUGUGUAUGGCUUCUAUUUAGAUGACUCACUCUUCCUACCUUGUGUGCUCUGAAGACUUGUGUAUGAAGUAUUGUGUGUUCUUUUCCAGUUUGGAAGUUCUCUAAUGACAACUUCAGUUUAGUUACUCCUUUAGUAUCUGGAGCAAUUUAUAAAAAUAUUGUAUUUCUGUCUGAGAGGGGAUUCCAUUGUUUCACUGAAUACAGACGGUUUGAAUUGAAAGUACUUUCAACCAGUGUGUACUUGUCUCCUGUGUCAAAGAUUUCUAAGGGUCUAGUGAAAGUAAAGACAACUUAAUUCAUAGCUAAUAUUACCAUAGCAUUAAGCUUUUUUUUUAAAAAAAAGCUUCUGGCAAUUGGAUAUAUUCAGCUGAAAUGCUAGUUGUGAAUAUUUCUAUGCCACUUUUCUUCCUUUUUUGGUCUUGAAUGAGCUGUGGACCAUAGCUUACUAUGAUUUGUGCAUAGAAAUAAAAAAAAAAAAUUAAGAUCAGGCCAUUAGGAAAAGAUAAAUUGUGAGCUCCAGCUAGAGAGUCAUCUUUUUAGCAGUAUUUUUCCUUGAUUGAUGCAAUUUUGAGAUUUGCUUUUUCAACAUGGUGAAACAACAUCUGACCAUUCCUUCUCUUCUGUGGCUUGUGACAUCUGAUAAAAAAUGGAAAUGUAAAAGCUUAUUUAUUACGAUGAUACAAGCAUUCUUCUUUUUCCUUUCUCAAUAGGAUUGAAGCCAUCUUGAACUUCAGAUCCAUGCUAUUACCUAAAAUUGAUUAAAAAGAUCAAAAUCUGUCUGAGUUAGUUCUCUGGUUGUGUGGUGAGCUUUGCCAAACCGAUUCAACAUUUUGUAGAGUUACCUAAUUUGAUUGAUCAAGCUAGUGCUUUACUGGUAUAAUAUUUACCAAACGCUGGACUCUGCAAUACAGUUAUGUGGAAAUACAGCGCCUACUUCAGUCACUGGAAAUGUGAGAUUAUUUUAUGUGAUGGAUAUCUGUCUUUAGAACUCAUUUUGAGCAACAGAAGGCUAUAUUAUAUUUGGUAUCAUUCAGCUGGCUUAUGUGUUCUGGGAAGUAUACAAGCAGGAUUAAAGUGUAUCUUUGGCUAUUGGAAUCCAUGGUGUUUUACCUGCUGAUUAAAAAAUAUAUUUUAAAAAAAGUCCUGUUUUAAUAUUUUAACAAAUUGCCUUGGGCUUUUAGUCCAUUACAACAAAUGCGCACAAUUAAUAUAUGUAUUUUUUGGAAAUAUUUUUUCCAGUGAAAGCCACCUAAAAUCCUUAAAAUAUUAAGUUCUAGGUAAAAGAUCUAUUUCUGAGGUAGUGGUAUUUGGUUAGUUCUUUUUCCAGAGGAAGGUAGCAAGAAAGGGAGUGAUUUUCCUAAAGCUAUGAAAAAUUAUAAAAGCAUGGGAAAAAUUGAUCAAAUUGAAUGCCUAAAAUUGUUAAAUUGAAAUAUUUGGUGCAAAGUAAUUUGUUAUGUCUGGAGAAGUAGUUACAAAUAAAUAUACUGAUGAUAAGCGAAGUUUAUUUGUUUGGACUCUGUCUAUGGCAAUCAGAAUCAUGCUUGGGAUAUCCUCUAGCUAGCUGUACAGAAAACCUAGGGAGACAAAUGUCUGAAUGAAACAGUUGGCUGUUUUUGGGUUGCCUUCCUACAUCUUGUUUAUAUUAUAUUGAGUAAAAAUUUUGGAGGUGUAGCUUGCUUUUUAUAAUGGUAAAUUGAGGAUUUGAGUCUAACUUUGGAGCUAAGGCUUUUAUAACCAAAUGACUGAAAGUCAUUUAAUGAAUGAAAAUAAGUAUAACCAUAUAGCUUACAAAUAGGUAAAUCAAGUAUCAUCCUGAACAGCUGGAGAACUUCUAAAGUUUCUUGAGAUGCUUGAAAUUGAUGCAAUUUUCUAGAUCUUUUGGAUUGUUACAGAAAUAAUAAAGAAGUUUCCAGAGUAGAAAUUUGUAGUGACUUGGUGUCCAAACUUGACACAGGCAGGAAUGGUGAAUAUCUGGGAUAUGCAACUUGAGCAUAUCCCAGAAUUUAAAUAAAAGUGAUGUCUUGAUGAUUAUGAAGCAAUGAAAGGUACCUCACUGGAGUACCUCGCCUGCCUACCUAGAACAGAGAAACACACAUACAGAUCUUACUUAUAAUGCUAUAAUGAGUUUUCAAACAGUGAAAUAUUUUCUGGAAUGGAUAUACCAGAACAGACUAAAUGAAAAUUGAAAAGAUACCAGAUGAUGCAGAAGAUUUUAUCUUGAGAAAACUGUGUUGUGCAGUGUCCCUAGAUGGUUGGAAAACUUGUUUUCCCAUUUGCUCUUAUAAAGAGGCUGUGCUUUCUGGGUAUUUUAUGUAGAUAUUUUGAGAAUAAUCAGAAAAUAUUUUCCUUUGUUUGCCUUUUUUUAAAAAUAUACUUCUCAAGGAUUUGCUCAUCUAUUGUCUUUGGUGAUGUCACUGGCUUGUUGCAGUUUUGGCUGCUUGGGAAUGUCUCUUUAAUGGCUAUGUAUGUGCUGCAAGUGCAAUACCUUUCAUUUUUGAUUUUAAAAAGUUGUUCUAUACGUUUUCUAUAAGGUUUAUCCAAACCCAUAUUUCCCAGGUUGCAUGAGUUAAUGAAUUCCUGUAUUUCAUGUAGUUGUUAUAGUUAGGUUUGACUUUUGGAAUAUAGUCCUUGUGGCACUGCUUAGGACUGCUUGGGAGUCGUAUUGAAUUUCAUGAAUAAGUACUCACAUGCAUCACACUUUUUUUUACCCUCCUUUUUUAUCUUGUAUCAUUGAAGCAUGUAAUUAGAAGACUAUUGGCAUACAUGACACCAUAUAAGAAAUUCCUGUAAUUGCUUACAUGUUAGAGAUGUGUAGAUGAACUUGACCAUCUUAAAGAAAGACUUAACUGGAAACCUGCAUAACUAUCAUGAGACUGCUUCUGAAGUUUGUGUGUGGAUCAAAGAGAGGACUGUGGAAUUCAGUGCUGCUGAAGUCCUUGAUUUGAUAGGGUAGACUAGUGGACUGGAUACUGUAUCUGAACAGUUUUGUUUCCAUGGAAGUGAGGAAAGUCUUCUUGAGAGUCUCCUGUCCAGAAAAAUUCUUAGUGUGGUAUAAUUUGUCAUCUUUAAGCAAGCUAUAGUUGGUGUCAGCAGGUGUAUUAAAUAUUGUUGAUUUGAUAUCUAAACCUACAGGAGUAACUGUGUAGUCAUUGUUGGUAUUUUUAAGAUCUUUGAAGUCACAGGGCAGUUCAGAUGAGUCCUCUGAUAUCCUUGUAUAUAUCAACUUUCAGAUUUCUGUAUCUCUUUGUAGCUAUUUUGAAGUACAUGAGUUUUUCCUCUGUGGUUGAUGUGUGUACUAACAAAUGCAUUAAUUACUAGCGGUCUUAUCUUUAAAACUUGUACUGGGCAUAUCUGGUUUAGAGUUCACUUCUCAUACAGAAGUCCAUAUGGUGCUGUGUUACAGAUUGGUGACCACAACAGUGUUGAAAAGAUGCCAGUGUUUUAUAGUUGUCACUGAAUAGUUCUUGCACAACAUUGACGUCCCCUAUGCUUCUCACUGUGCCAGUCAGUCAGCUGAGUGCAAGCAGGAGGUUGGGGCGGGGCGCAGCUGGCACAGAUGAUGUGAAUUGAGCAGAGGGAUGGUCCGUAACAUAUGAGAUCAUACUCAGCAGUAAAAUUGGGUAGUUGUUUUUCCAAAGUAGACCUUGUUCAGGACUGGAGAGACAUUGGUCUGCUGGUGGGGAAUGGCUGCUUUUGCAUAAUUUGUUUAUUUCUUUUUUCCCCUUGUGCUUAUUAAACUGCCUUUAUCUCAACCUGCAAGGUGGGUCCCCUUCUCCCUCCCCACUGCUUUUGCAGUUCUUUUCAUUUCUCCAUCCUGCUGUGUAAUGGGAAAGCAACUGAAUGGGGGUUUACCUGCUAUCCAGAGUCAAGCAUACAAAACUAUGAAUUUGUAUGACAUGAAAAAUGAAAUCUGGAGUCAUUAGCUGGGUUAGUUCCGAAAAUGUCCUGUAUGGUUAUGAAUACCAACAUUGCUAUAAUGCUACUGUACUCAUUUUAGUUUUGCUAGAGGGAUGCUUGAAGUCACUUUGAGCUUGUUCUGACAGGUGUUGCAGCUCAAGGGGGUUAUUAUUUUUCCCCAUUCUAUUUUCAGAAUACAGUGGUGAAUUCUUAAUUAAGAACUUAGUGUUUAGGGAGGUGCUCUUUACCUAUUUUUAAUCCAAAAGUACCAUUAGCACUCUCCUGGUAGAAACCCAGGUUUUGGAAAAAGAUUCUUUCUAUACUUCUAGCCCUUCAUAGUUAGCAGUUAGAGAAAUUCUGAGAGAUGAUUUGUGGGUAUUGUUAUUCUCACUGCUUCACAUACUGCAUUUUUUUCUUGGAGUCUGAAAUAGUAGCACCUUAGAAUAUUAGACAUUAGAUUAUGAAUUUGAGAUAUAUUCCUGAAUCACAAAAUAUUGUUUGACUGUCUUUCUUUGUAGACCUUCAUCAGCAAUGUAGUUUUGCUUUAAGCCUUCAUUUCAAAUCUUGGAAUAGAGAAAAAGUUGUCUGUAUUUAAGAUAUAAACAUUUAAUUUUUCACUUUUUUUCCUUUUUAUCAGAUCUCUUGAGAGCUGGGUUAAUAUCAUAACUGGCAUUAAGACAAUCCAUGAACUGUAUCUUUUCAAAUUACUUGCACUUUCUGUAAUAAAUACAUUUUUAGAUUUCCAAGACAACUUUGUGUAUUUUGAAAUAGAGUUUUAUAUAAUUGCCUGGAAAACACAGAGGACUGUGUUAGGUAGAAUUCUGUCUUUUUUUAUGUUGUUCAUGGUUUGACGAUGAUUGUAAUGGGUUAGUAGGAGUGUUGAAUGAUUGGCUGAGUCCAGUAAGAUCCCUGGAGAUAUUUAAAAGAUGUGUAGAUAUGAUACUUAGGAACAUGGCAAGGUAAAUGAUUGGACUUGAUGAUCUUGAAGGUCUUUUUCAGCCUAAACAAUGCUCUGAUUUCAUGACACAAGAGCCAUUUUGACAUGAUUGUGGUGGAGGCUAGCUACUUUAGUUAAUGUAAUUUUCACUGUUCAAAUCUUAGUUAAAAAGAGAGCAAUGACAUGCUCAUGGAUCAGUUUUUUUCAGAUCUUAAACUCACUCAUCUAUGAUCCAUAUACAAUGGUUUAAAACUUUGUGGUUUUAAAGGGACUAAAACCAUGUGAAGGUCAUUUUGACUGGAAGUUACAGAUUAUUGAUUAGCCCUGAUCAUACUAAAUUGAUAAAAUAAAUUUGGUGAGGUUCUGAUAAAUACAUUUGUUCUUACAUGGGAACUUAGCUCCUCUUUGUUUCCAUUAUGUACGUCUGAGUAUUUGACUUUCCACUGCAGUGUCUAAGGUCCAAAUUUCUUCCAUAAAUAUUAAGUCAAAUCAAGUAAUCACUUCCAUUUGAAAUGCUCAUUUCACAUCUGUGGGUAUUUGUCAUGUUGAUUUGUGAAGAAAGGUUGCUAGUUUUCUUCACAGUUUUCUGAGGCAGAUUGUCACAGUGCGUUGUAUGAGUGAAGUAAUGCCUUUUUUCUGGAGUACUAAGUGCCUGUGGCACCUGAUUUCUUUACUUGUGAGGGAACUGAGCCUGCUUAGCCAUUUAUAUCCUUGGCAGAGAAAACCUGCUGGCAAAAAUAAUCUGAUCUCAUGUGCUUGGUGGUAGUGUGGUGGAAAUAGAAUACAUGUGUGCAACACAUGGCAAAAAAAAUAGUUAUUACAUGGUAAAGAAUUCUUUCCGAUUUUCUUUUGAAAAGAGUGGAUAAAAGUGGCAUGUAGCAGAGGUACUUAGACAUAUCUGAAUCUAUAACAUUUUCAUCUUAAGGUGGUUUGCAACAGUCAGUUUCACAUCUGCUUUUAUAGAUGACCUAGAGUUGGACACAAUGCAGCUAUAUAUAUGUGUGUUAAUUGCCACAAAUAUGAAGAAAAGCUUCCAAUAAUUAUAAUUUUUUACUCUCUUCUCUUGUCUUGGCCUGCAACUGACACUUGUUUAUCUUAAGAAUACCUUUGUUAUAUAUUUACUGCAAUAAAAGAUUUUUUUUUGGUAGCAUCUUAGUUGAAUGUGUAGCUCUUGAAAGCUGAAGGAGAAAAAAGCAACUGGAUUUACAUAAAUGGAAAAUGGAGUUGCUUAUAUAUAUGCAUGUGUAACAUCACCAUUAUAAUAUGUUCAUGGAGUGAUGCAAGAAAAUGUAGAGACCUGUCUAUACUGAAAAUGGUUUGAAUUUUGUAUGUAGAUUUUUUUUUUAAUGUGCAAUCUGUGGACAGUUGUUUUGAACAUUUAAAAUUUAUUAAAACAUUAAAAAUUUAUUUUUAAAAGUAGUACAGGUAGUAUGAAAAUGAAGAAAUUCUGAGAUUCCUAUUUUGAUUUUUUCCUUCUAAAAUUUUUACUUUUUUUCCUGGUUAAGCACUGAUUCCAUGUGUGUGAUUAAUUAAUAGGAAUACAUGGGUGCUUCUCUUUAUACAGAUUGGGUGACUCUUGUUGUCUUGCACCAAAUUUAUAAGACAGUUAAGAGAAAUGCUGUGACUUUUAGUCAGAUCCUGUCUGUUGUAACAAAAUGCAGUUUCCCCCAAAUAUAUUUAAUGAUAAAAAGCUGCAUUGAUACUGAAGUUGGCUAAGAAUGGACUUCUAACACAAUUUGAGGUAUUAGAAAGCAGGCAUUCUUUAUUGCAGGUCUGGACACAUUUGGAGGAUUUUUCCUCUAAUUGAAUGUGUGUCAUGAAACUUUACAACAGGGUAUUUAUUCCAUCGUGAUCAUACAUAUUCAUUACAGCAUACUUCCUAGGUAAACAUAAACAUCACUUUUCCUAGAACUAAUUUGCAUGCAUCUGCCUCCUAUUGGAAGUCCUGUUAUGAUCUUAGAGGCUCAUCCAUAGGGGUCUCUGGUCCUCGUAGUCAUUGGGUGCCCCCAGUGUUGUAAUGACUUUGCCUUGAACUUCUCUUAGGUCAUGUGCUGUUGUUUCUUGUUACAUAACUGCCACAAAAACCACUUCUGUUCCUCAUUAUCUGUUUAUCCACUGGGUUUCAGCUACUAGUUUAGCAUCCUGUAUGUCUGCUUUUAUAUUAUUUUAUCUAAUUUCCUAGUUAGAAUUUUGAGCUUUAUUUUGCAACUUCCAGGAACUGAAAAUUUCUAUUCUCUGUUAUCUGUCAGCAGGUAGAUAAAUUAGUAGUCUAGAAUUUCCCUCAGCAUCUUCCAAUCUAAUGUACAUAGUUCAUAUUAAUAGUGAAGCAUCAGGGUUUUGUAGGAUAUAAGAAAAUUAGAUCUAAAAUAGUAUUUUUUUAAUAUUUUAAGGUUUCUUUGUGAGGUUCUUGUCACCAGCUGGAACUUGCUGAAUGCAUAUGGAUGGACAUAGUUUUUAAGUGAUUGAGCUCUGGGUGCAAAUAUCACCUGUCUGUAUAAUUUCUUAAAUCCCUUCAGAUUGCAGGUAUACUCCCAUGUUGGAUCUCCUUUUCUUUUCCUUUCUUUCUCUAAAGUAAUUUGCUGACAAGUCUAUUGAUGGUCUUUCAUAAAUAGAAGAGAUCAAAUAUCCCUGAAGUACUUUAAAAUAACAAGUCCUUAGAAAAUAGGAUUCAGUUUGCAAUAUUGGUGCUGAAAAUAUAUUCAGUGGAUGGGAAAUUUAGCUAUUUGCAAGCUCUUUGAUUUAUUUUUCUGAGUCAGUUUAAAGCGCUUGGGGACACUGGGAGUAAGGGGAAGUACUGAUUGUGAACUGCUUAACUUGCUGUACUGACAAAUAGAAUUGCAGCUGCUGUUUUCAUGUCUGAGUUUUGUGUGAACAAAGGAUAAUUAAGAGAUGUUCCUGUUCAUGGCUCAAAUACUUACUUGUCCUUAGUUUCAUGCAGAAGAACACAUUUUACUGUGUAGAAUGGGAAGACUUUGUCCUUAAGUGCUGCCAGAGAUGUUUCUGCAGGAAUGCCAACCAUUUGAAUGUUUUUGGGUUUUUUUUUUAAAGUCCAAGAUUUAAGUUUUCUGAAUAGACCUAGAGUGGCAAAACUGAGCUCUAUAUCUUUAACCCAGAAGAUACUUCUUCUCCCAUUUGGAUUUUCCCAGAAAAAUCUGUGUUCUUUUUACCUAGUGUGGCUUGAAAAAGUUUCUAGUCAAACUCAUGCAGUCUAGGGCCAUUACUUCAAGUCUUCAAGUUUGUUUGCAGUCUGAUGUAUGCAGAGAACAGUUAUUUGGUAAUUUGGGGACAACAGAGACAACAGAAUGUGAUUAUUGUUGCAGAUAUUCUUUAGAAGGUGUCUGUAUUUUCAUAUACUGUAUGUAUUAUUUACCAGCUUCUUUAAAUGUUCCACUCAAAGUAUCACUUGCUGCAUAGCAGCACAGAAUUCAUUGUCAUUGAAUCAUGACCUGUGGGAAGUUUACAGCUAAUAUACCAUCAUGACU